UGGCAAACGUGAGCUAUUUGGCAUGGGAGCAUGGCUGCGCAAGCGUUAUGCAGACUUUACGGCGCCAUACUAUCACCCAGACGCAGUUUAUGCACAGGCAACGGGCGUUGCACGCACUCAUAUGACUCUGCAGACGGUGUUGGCGAGCUUUUUCCCACCGAACGAUACUCCCUUGGAAUGGAAUCCAAAAUUUAAUUGGCAACCCGUGCCGAUAUUUUCACAACCACUCAAUGAGGAUACACUUCUGUUGGUGCGAACGUCUUGUCCACGGUAUUUCGAGGCUGUAGAUGAAGUUCUAAAACUGCCUAAUGUGCGAGCAGAAAUCGAACCAUAUCGCGGCAUGCUAAAUGAGUUAACAGCAUUUACCGGCAUGAAUAUAACAGAGCCAGAAGAUGUACAAUCGCUUUACUUAACACUUUUAGCAGAGGUGAGUAAAAUAUGUAAUAAAACAAAAUAA